CGGUAACUUCAUUAGCGGAUAUGAUUCGCUGAAAAUGGUAUGAACUAUGGCCAAUAGCCAACUCGUCGGCGCAUUUUGACCUUGCUUGGGAUCACCAUGCUGUUCCGCGAUUUGGCGGCGACAUUUCGUCGCAUCCAAGUAGGUCCAUGAGCGAGGACAUCCAAUGAUCAUGACCAGGUUGCACGCUUUGGCGUAGCUCAAGAACUCCCGCGAUGCGUCCAUCUCGGAGCUGUCGAAUGCGUUCCGAACCAUUCGCGACAACCAGCCCACCCAGCUGCCCAAGGCCAUGUACCUCAUGACGUCGCAGGUCUCGUGUCCAGCAUCCCGCGUCUUCAUCGCUCUCAUGUUCCGAUCUGUAGCUGGCGCCAACGCAUGAAGGCGUCGAGCUUCGGUUCCGUGACAAGGCGUUUGCCCCUGUCGUCCAGACUGCCUUUGCCAAUGCCGGCCACGUAGACAUCCCCACAAUCUUUGACGCGUACAAGAAGUCAGGGGACUAUGGCACGGCGGUGGAAGACUUGCUCAAGCAAGCCAUCCUGACUCUGCCACGUGCAUUCGAUGACGAUUCGUCUGCCUCCAUGACCAUUGACGUUGUUUACGACCAGCUACGCGAAAUGGCCACUCAAGCGGGCACUGGCUCGACCCAGCGCAAGCAGGACAUUGCCGCCGCCCUCUUGGCUCGAGCGUCCACCGUCGACGAAGCCCUCUUCCUCACUCGACUGCUCGCCCAUCAAAACCUCCGCAUUGGCGUCGGGUCCAAGAGCGUCGUGAUGGCGCUGGCGCAUUCGUUCGCAGAUGCCGACGCCGACAAGCCAUCGCUGCAGCCGUGGGUGGCGUCUGUGGCGGCCGCGUACUCGCAGCGCCCGAUCUUCGAGGACCUGGUCGAGACGCUGGGGCACGUGCUCGCGCUGCCGUCGCUGGACGCCAAAGCCGGCUACAUCCGAGCCAACGCCGCUCCCAAGCCCGGCACGCCCGUGCAAACAAUGCUGGGGUACCCCGUGUCCACUUUGCACCAAAUCACUCAGCGGAUGCGCAAAUACGCUGGCGGAGUUGCCGCCUGCGAAUACAAGUACGACGGCGCACGCCUUCAAAUCCACGUGUCCAAGCGUACUGUAUCACAUAUGACGCCAACCAACGAAGGGCCAGACUUGGCCGUGUUUAGCCGAAACUGCGAGCGCAUUCCAGCUGACCACAAGUACUUUGACACGAUUUCAACACACGUGGUGCCAUAUAUGAAUGCCCACGUCGAGUCGAUCAUCGUGGAAGGGGAGAUGGUGGCGGUAGCCGACGACCAAACCCAGCAGCUGCUGCCGUUUCAAACCCUGCAAACCAACGGCCACACGGCCAUGUGUCUGUUUGCAUUUGAUUGCUUGUACUUGAACGGGACGUCGCUUGUCCACCGUCCAUUUCAAGACCGCCGGGCGGCGCUGCAUGCCGCGUUUACGCCGCCAUCAACAUCCACAACAUCAACUCUACCCGGACAACCACCACGUUCCCCCCGUCAGCAACUGCCCCAACGGUUCCAGUUUGUCCAAAGCCAAGAUGUGAGCUUUUCGCUACACGAAGAUCCGGAUACAGACGAAAAUGAAGAUCUAUUAUCCAACUCCCCUGCAAAGUUGCUGCAGAACGUGCUCCAAGCUGCCGUGGACGCCGACUGCGAAGGUCUUAUGGUCAAGGCACUGGACGAGCCGUACAAGCCCGGGUGUCGAACCCACACGUGGCUCAAAGUCAAGCGGGACUACCUUCCGGCGACACCGUGCAUGGCGAGCGGCAUGUUCCUUCCCGACUCGCUCGAUUUGGUGCCCAUCGCCGCGUUCCGGGGCAAAGGACGUCGCGCACAUGUGUUUGGGUCGUUUCUCUUGGCUUGCUACGACCCCACUACCCAACUGUUUCAUACGGUGGGCAAGGUCGGGUCAGGGUUCACUGACGUCGACCUGGCCGCGAUUUCCAAGCGACUCGAGGAUACUGUGGUCGCUGUCAAGCCUUUAGAGUACGACGCGAGCGAGGUCAAGUCGAUCCAGCCUGACGUGUGGUUUGAGCCGACAGAAGUGUGGGAGAUUCGCGCGGCGCAACUCACUAAGUCGGUCAAGUACACUGCCGGCAGCACCUAUCUCAACGCCCCAUCUCCUCCCCCUCCUUCUACUACUAGUAAUACUAGCUGUAGUAUUACUAGUAGAACCGACGCACACAAGUCGUGUGGGUUGGGGCUGCGAUUUCCCCGGUUUCUGGCCGUGCGGCGGGACAAGGCGGUCGUGCAAGCCACGUCCGACGACCAGCUGGCGUCGCUCUAUCUCGACAGCCAAACCAACAACCUCAGCAUGACCAUCAUCAAUGACGACCACAAACGACACUAGGACAUGAUACCUCUCGAUAUAUAUAUAAUAUUACUCUUCCACUGCCACCGUCCCCGACGACUCUUCAUCUUCAUCGUUUGUUUCCACUGGACAUGCAAGAUGCAGCGACGCGACGACUACGGCGGCGGUGGGUCGC